CGCGGCUGCUUCCAACGCCAAUUGUCUUUGAGCAGGAGCAGCAGAAUCCUCCAAAUAGCAAUGGGCUUUGCAAUUCUUCGAAGCGGGGGCUGAAGGCUGGUCUGCUCAUCGAGGCAUCUGCUGUAUUCCACCCUCUCUGGCAUUCUUCUGCAAGAUCCAAGUCUCAACACCACCUCGUCAGGGGGAGGAUGGCCACGGCUAUCAGCGCGGCAGUGUGGGCAUUGGGCAAGGCGCUGGCUCCCGUUACUGAUGACCUGCUCAAGAACUGGGCAGCCAGUGACAGUCUUGGCCCCAACAUCAGCGCCCUCAAGACGGAGCUGCUGCGCGCUCAGGGGAUACUAUACACCGCGCAGGACAGGGUCAUCGCCAACCCUGCGCUCAAGAAGCUGCUGCACAUGCUGCGGCAGCUGGCGGAUAAGGCGGAAGAUGUGCUUGACGAACUGGACUACUUCCGCAUCCAGGACGAGCUUGACAACACUUACCAUGCAGCCGAUAAGCAUGCCGGGGGCUGCAUGUGUGGCCUCGCUCUCAAUGCGCGGCACACUGCCCGAGCCGUUGCCAGUAAACUCAACUUCUCCUCAGCUGGCAUCUUGCGCACACCAAAACUGAAGUUCGAUCGUGUGAAGAUGUCUAAACGGAUGGCAGACAUUGUACAUCAGCUGGAUCCCAUAUGUGUUAAGGUGAAGGAAAUCCUUGAUCUAGAACUCCGCAAAGUACAGCCUACCCAAGGCAUCAGACCCAAAACAACCCCAACAAUAAUAGAGCCAAAGAUAUUCGGGAGGAAUGUUGAGAAAAAGAACAUCGUGGAUGGCAUUACCCAUGGAAAAUAUUGUGCCGAUGGACUUACCGUUCUUCAAAUUGUUGGCCCAGGGGGUAUUGGGAAGACGACUUUCACACAACACAUAUAUCAAGAAGUGAAGAGCUCGUUUGAUGUUAUGAUUUGGAUCUGUGUAUCUCUCAAUUUCGAUGCAAACAGGUUAGCACAAGAGAUCCUGAGACAGACCCCUAAAGUAAAUGGUGAAAAGGAAAAUGCCAUUGAGGAAGAGCUUAUCAAAGAAAGAUUAAAACAUAAGAGAUUCUUGCUGGUCUUGGAUGAUGUCUGGACAUAUGAGGAGGAUGAGUGGAAGAAACUGUUAGCUCCCUUCAGAAAAGGAGAGGCAAGAGGUAAUAUGGUUAUUGUCACGACUCGAAUCCCAGAGACAGAAACAGUUGGAAAAAUAGUUGAUUAUUCAAUAGAACUGAAUGGUUUAGGCACUGAAGAUUUUAUGCAUUUAUUUGAAGCAUACGUAUUUGGUCACCAACAGCCAUGGAAAGACCAUCCUGAAUUACUUGAUGUUGGGAAAGAAAUAGUGGGCAAACUGAAGGGUUUCCCUCUUGCAGCAAAAACUGUAGGUAGACUUCUAAGCAGUCAGCUUACAUUGGAUAAUUGGACAAGAGUUCUAGAAAGCAAAGAAUGGGAGUUACAAACCAGCGACCAUGACAUUAUGCCAGCUCUAAAGCUUAGCUAUGAUUAUCUUCCUUUCCAUCUACAACAGUGUUUUUUCUAUGGUGCUUUGUUUCCUGAAGACUAUGAGUAUGGUAGCAACGAGUUGGUUCACUUAUGGACAGGGCUGGAUAUUUUAGACUCUUCUGAUCAGAGGAAAAGACUUGAAGAUGUUGGAUUGUGCUAUUUAAAUGACUUGGUUAAUCGUGGAUUCUUUAAGAAGAAUGUAAAAGUAGAUGGCAGUGCUCGUUAUAUUAUGCAUGACCUACUGCAUGAGUUGGCAGUGAAGGUUUCAUCGUCAGAGUGUCUUAGCAUAUCUAGUUCUAAUGUGAGAUAUGUACAAUCGUCCCCAUCUGUACGUCACUUGUCUAUUAUUAUAGAUGAGAGAGAUGUCAAUGAUAGAAUGGCCUUUGAAGAUUUUAAGAGGGACUUGAGUACAUUGGAAGAGAAAUUGAAAGUUGAAGACCUACAAACUGUGAUGUUAUUUGGAAAACACCAUGGAUGCUUUGCCAAGACUUUUGGUGAUUUGUUUGCAGAAGCAAAAGCCCUUCGUGUUAUUCUGUUGUCUGAGACACUUUAUGGAUACAUUGUGGAGGAUGUGUUUUGCAACUUUCCAAGACUUGUUCAUCUUCGGUACCUAAGGAUAAUACCUCGUGCAAAAAUAACUCUAACCAGCAACAUGUCAAGAUUUUAUCACCUAAGGGUUCUAGAUGUUCAAGAACACAAUGUCCAUGAUGAUUUUCCAAGAGAUGUGAGCAAACUUACAAAGUUGAACCAUUAUCUUGUUCAGAAGAGUGGUUUUGAACAUAGAACUUCCGAUGUGGGAAAACUGGAAUUAUUACAGGACUUGAGAAGCUUUAUGGUUAAAAAGGAAAAUAUAGGUUUUGAAAUGAGACAGAUCGGUCGUUUGGCAGAGUUUGGUGUGUCACUAAGAAUUCAUAGCAUUGAGAAUGCUGAACGACAGGAAGAAGUGAAUGAAGCAAAACUGAUACACAAAACCCACAUACAAAAGCUAAUGUUAGAAUGGGGUAUUGGUCGACCUAAUAAGGAUCCUGCAAAAGAAGAUCAUGUUCUUGAAAGCCUUCAGCCACAUAGCAAUCUUCUAGAGCUGCACAUUGGAGGACAUGGAGGUGCUACCUGCCCUUCAUGGUUAGGUUCGAACCUCUCAGUUAAAGCAUUGGAAUCUCUUUGUCUGGUUGAUGUAGCUUGGAAUAAUUUUCCACCUAUAGGAGAGUUGUUUGUUAGCGAGCUUGGUGAAGAGCAUCCCAGUGGUAUCCCAAGCCAGAGCUUUCAAAAUUUAAAGGAGCUAAAAUUGGUUAAGGUAUCAAGACUGAAAAAAUGGGUUGGAAUUAGCACUUGUCAUUUUGUCUCUCUCCUAGAAGUGCUCAUUAUUGAAGAUUGCUCUGAACUUGUGGAGCUGCCAUUUUCAGGUAGUGAAUCAGUGCAAGAGGCAUACGUGACUUGGUUCCCUAGAUUACAGAAGCUCGAGAUUAUGGACUGCCCAAAGCUGUUGGCAUUGCCUCCUGUUCCUUGGACUUCUGCUCCGUGCUCUGCUAAGAUUGAACGGGUAGGAUCAGGUUUUGAGGAGUUGGCUUACUCAAAGAAUUGCAGAUCAGAAUCGAGUUUGAAAUUUGUUGGGAAGGAGGGUGGUCAUGAUAGCACGUUCUGGAAUAUAUUGGCAUUCUCUAAUCUAGCUGAUCUAUUAGAGCUGAAAAUGCGGAAUUGCCCUCCUCUGCCACUGGAUCAGCUCCAAAAGCUAACGUCUAUGAGGUGUCUCAAAAUAGCUGAUUCCAAUAAUUUAUUGUCACCGACGGAUGUUGAGAGUGCUGCCAUAUACCAGUUACGAAUUGGUACCCUGCAGAUUUGGAAUUGUAGUGCUAGUGAGAAGGAACUGGCACAGCUUCUCUCCUAUCUCCCAUAUCUGAGCAAGUUAGAAAUAUACAUGUGUGCGAUGAUAACAAGGGUUGGUGUGGUGGAGCAGCAGAAAACAACUCAUAAAAUGGGCUUUGGACAAACUGGACUGCAGCCGCAAGAGACAAGAGAAGAGGAGGAGAUAGCAACUGUAGCAGCAGGAGGAGAAGCAGGAAUUGUGCUCUUGCCUCCCCAGCUGCAGGAAUUGUUUAUCCACGGCGGACAAGGAGGAGGAGGGCUCCAAGGCCUCCGCAACCUCCGCAAGUUGUUUAUAAGUGGUUGCCCCAAGUUCCUCUCUUAUUCGUUCUCUCGUUUUCCUUUCCCCACCUCUCUACAAACCCUAUCUCUCAACGAUAUCGAGGGCCAAGGAGCCCUCCUCUUCCUCUCAGAUCUCACAUCUCUCAGGAAUCUGGAGAUAUAUAACUGUGGGGAUUUAAGAGGCGAGGGUAUUUGGGCUCUUGCACAGUGCAGUCUCACAGUUUUACGCAUCGGGAAAAGCCCCAAAUUCUUUGCCAGUUCCGAGCCCCAAAAUUUUCCCCAUUCCUGCAAAAUUGAGGAGAUAAGCACAGAUGACCACACAGGUUUCCUUGUUGCGCCCAUCUGCAGCCUCCUAUCCUCCUCCCUCACCAAAUUAUGCUUGUAUCGAGAUGAAAAUGAUGAGGUGGAGCGCUUCAGUAAGGAGCAAGAGGAUGCUCUUCAGCUCCUCUCCUCCCUCCAGGAGCUCUCGUUUCGAUCCUUCCGCAAGCUGCAGUGCCUCCCUGCGGGGCUGCACAGAAUUUCCAGCCUCAAGACAUUACAGAUUGCAAACUGUCAAGCCUUCCGGUCGCUGCCCAAGGAUGGCCUCCCAAGUUCUCUGCAAAGUCUACGGAUUUGGUACUGUCCUGCCCUGAAAUCUCUGCCCGAGGACAGCCUCCCAAGUUCACUGCGAAAGAUUGAUUUCCUGCUUGGCAACAGCGAGGAGCUAAUGUGGCAGUGCCGCAGGCUAAAAGGAACCAUUCCUAUAAUCGAAGGCUAAUCCAAGGGCUCUUCUUCGGUUUGUAUAUUUGGCUAGACUCAUACUACAAAUCAUCUCUGCAUCCAAGUGCAGUUUGAGUUUGCAGUUCAACCAUGAAGACCUCAGUUUGUGUCUUCCAUCGUGUACAUAAUCUUGGUUAGUAUUUGCAUAAUCAUCCAACUCCGAUGGUUUCAUACACUAUUUAGAAAUUUAAUCCACGCGUAUUUUUCUCUGCUAGCUGGAUCUGUACUGUUCAUAUAUUUGAGUAGUUCUAGACCGUGAGCACUGGAGUUCGAGCAAGGGCGAGAGCCACUAUUAACAGAUACAAUGUUGCUCAUUUUGUUUUUUUCACGUUAGUAUGUUCUAUCAAUGAUCUCGUAAUGAUUGGUCCCAAGUAUUGGUCUCAA